AUGUCCUCCCCAAAACGAACUGCCUCCCCUACUCAGCCCAAUUCCACCUCAGAGGCGAAGCGGAUACGGCUCACUGUGAACGAAGGUGUCACUCUCGUGGACCCGGACAACGCGACUGGCAAGCGUAGCGAACUUGAACCCAUCCAAGGUGGCGACAUUGGCAACCUUCCCCCUACACAUGCAGGCACUUUAUCCUCGGACACCGCCAGCGCAGUUCCGACUCGACUCCUCAAAGCCGAUGGCGAUGGUGAAGGAGUGGAUGACAGUGGCGACGUGUCGAUGGCGGAAGGUGUGGAUGCCGCGGACGAGGAGGCAGAAUCAGGCGACGACAACGACGACGAAGACCCCGCCCAGCUCGAGGCUACGCGUCUUCGACUCGAGGAGCAGGCUAGCAAAUACCUGGCUGCGCAAACACACGAAGUCAUCAUCCCCUCGUACGCGGCAUGGUUCGACAUGUCCAAAGUCCAUCCUGUUGAGCGCAGGGCGUUACCCGAGUUCUUCAACUCGCGGCACCGUUCGAAGACCCCCGCCAUCUACAAGGACUAUCGCGACUUCAUGGUCAACGCGUAUCGCCUCCGGCCCGUGGAAUACCUCACCGUGACGGCCUGUAGGCGGAAUCUGGCCGGCGACGUUUGCGCCAUCAUGCGCGUCCAUGCGUUCUUGGAGCAAUGGGGGCUCAUCAACUAUCAGAUCGACCCCGACCAGAGGCCCGCCGCACUCGCCCCGCCUUUCACAGGCCACUUCCGCGUCAUCCUCGACACCCCUCGCGGUCUGCAAGCUCUUCAUCCGGGACUCGUCCCAAAGACCCCAACGCCCCCCCCCGGCUCUACCCCUGCCCCUGCUUCACUAGAGCUUCGGUCAUCAAUAUACCAAACAUCCGCCAAGUCUUCACGUCCAGUAUCAGAAAGUGAGGCCGCGGCGCUCGCGAACGGUGCGUCAGCGCCCAAUGGUGUCGGAGGGGAUCAUCCGGCCACCAUCAAGUACCAGUGCGACACCUGUGGCGUCGACUGCACACCUGUGCGGUAUCACUCCCUCAAGACGAAGAACUUCGAGCUUUGUCCCCCUUGCUACCUCGAUGGUCGCUUCCCUUCCCACAUGUUCAGCGGCGACUUCGUCAAGCUCACCAGCGCGACCGGCGCUAAUGGUGUCCACCAGGCAGUCGGCACGGGCGCGGACGACGACUGGACGGACCAGGAGAUCCUCUUGCUUUUGGAGGGCGUGGAGCUGUUCGAUGACGAAUGGUCAGCGAUUGAAGAUCACGUCGGUACGCGUUCCGCCCAACAGUGCAUCCGCAAGUUCCUCCAGUUGCCCAUCGAAGACCCCUACAUCGAAGCCGAGGGGGACAUGGGUGCUCUCCGCUUUGCGCGCGUUCCGUUCGAGCAGGCAGACAAUCCGGUGAUGAGCGUCGUCGCAUUCCUCGCGGGCGUCGUCUCUCCUGGAGUCGCGGCGGAGGCCGCGAAGACUGCCCUCCACGAACUUACAGACGGUGACAAGAAGGUCGCGGACGAAAAGCCAGAAGGCGAGGCUGUCGCUGACACGGCGGAGAAGAAGGAUGAAAAUAUGGACGAGGACGAGCCCAGGGAGAAGCCACCGGCGGAGGGGCAGACAGACGAAAUGCAGGUUGACGGCGCGAGCGGCGACGCGGCCGUGCAGAAGGCAAUCAAAGGCCUUCCACACUCGCGCGUCGUGCGCGCUGCGGACCUCGCGCUGAAAUCCGCCGCCAAGGCUGCCAGUACGCUCGCGAAUGCGGAGGAGACCCAGAUUCGGACGACGCUCGCGAGUCUGAUAAAGCUCACGCUGACCAAGCUCGAGCUCAAGACGGCGCAAUUUGAGGAACUCGAGGAGCUGCUCGAGGAGGAGCGGAAGAGCCUGGAGAGCGCGCGCAUGACCCUGGUCAACGAACGCGUUAACCUCAGGCGCAUGCUCGAGCACGUCAAGAGCGAGCUCGCGAAGCACGGCGGUGCCCCUGGUCCGGGGCUCACUGCCGCGGUCACGCAGGCGCAGGCGGGACUUGUGGCGAGCGGUCAGGGAACAAGGGUGAGCGAGGUACAGAAUGGAGCGUUAAUGGAGGGAGAGAUGGGUCAAGUAGCGGAUGCGUCCCUUGCUGCGCUCAGCUAG